AUCUGUAUAAAAGUCCUAUGGCUUGGAUUUUAAUGUGCUGGUGACUAUGGUGUAUGUUGGUGGUUUAGGGAGUAGAUGGCUUUUGGAAAUAAACUGUUAAUGAGUCUGGUGGUAUGUGAUCUGAGUGACCUGUAUCACCUCCCUGAAGGCACAAGAGUAAAAAGUUGAUGACCAGGGUGGGAAGUGUCUGUACUGAUGGUCCUUGGUCUUGUGUAGUAGCAGGAGUUUGCAAUGUCCUGAAGUGGGGGAAGAGGGCAGCCAGUGAUUUUUUCUGCAGAUCUUACAAUCCUCUGUAGUGCUGUUUUGUCUGCGACAGAGCAGCCUGUAUACCAUGCCGUGAUACAGUAUGUUAAAAUGCUUUCAACAGCAGAGCGGUAAAAGGUCACCAGCAGCCUCUUGCAGAGGUUGUUUCUUUUUAGGAUCCAGAGGAAGUGGAAGCGUUGCCGGGCUUUUUUGACAAUGGCUGUGGUGUUUGUAGUCCAGGAGAGGGUGUCUGUGAUAUAUGUGCAGAGAAAUUUGUAACUGUGCACUAUUUCCACGCAUUCACCAUUGAUGAAGAUGGGGGAUGGGUCAGUUCUGCGUUUCCUGAAAUCCAGUAUAAGUUCUUUUGUUUUCUUUGUGUUUAAAAUCAGAUUGUUUGCAGAGCACCACAGAGACAGAUUUUGGACCUCAUCAUGGUAGAUGGACUCAUCCCCCCCUGAGAUGAGUCCCACAACAGUUGUGUCAUCUGCAGACUUAAUUAUGGAGUCGGAGGGGUGAAUUGGUGUACAAUCAGAGGUGUACAGACAGUACAGAAGUGGACUCAGCACACAGCCCUGGGGGGAGCCGGUGCUGAGAGUGAGAGUGGAGGAGAGGUGAGGGCCGAGUCUGACAGUUUGAGGGCAGUUUGUGAGAAAGUCCAUAAUCCAGGAGCAGAGCUGUGAAUGGAGACCGAGGUGAAGCAGUUUCCUGAUCAGAAUGUAUCAAAGACAUCAUCCUGUGCUCCAGUGCUGUGUGGAGAGCGAUGGUGAUGGCAUCCUCCGUUGAUCUGUUUUUCCUGUAUGCGAACUGAAAGGGGUCAAAGGAUGGGGUGCUUUACAAUCAUUCCCACUAAUCAUUCAUCAUGAAGGUCAGAGCUUUGAAACAGAGGACCAUCAGUAUUUUCUUUUCAAAGUAUGGCAUCAUCUUCCUCAUUCUGGUUGGGUUUAUCAUCAUCAUCAUCACCAUCAUCAUCAUCAUCCUGCUACAUGACACAGAUCUUCCAGAGUUUCAUCAUGGCAUAAAAAGAAACUCCUCAGAAGGUAAAUCACACCCUGACCUCCAGUCUAACUUCUGCAGCUUCCAGCCAUAUUCUGUGGAGGAAGCUCUGGGGGAAGCUGUGGAAGAACGGCGCCUCCUCGACUCAGUUACUUGGCCUGAAACUCCACUGAUUCCAGUUAACUUUACCCUGAAGCAGACCAGUGAUCCUGCCCACAGCACUUUCACAAUUCUUCCAGGAGGAGGGGAGUGGCGUGUGGGGGAUCACCUGAAGGUUAUCAUUCAAGUGAAGGAUUUUGAAGGCCAUCCAAAGACGUCUGGGGGAGACUUCAUAGUGGCUCGGUUGCACAACCCAAAGCUUGGUGCCGGUGUGGCUGGGCAGGUUCUGGAUCAUGUCAAUGGGUCUUACUCAGCUGUGUUCCCUCUGCUCUGGAAUGGAAGUGCAGAAGUUCAGGUGACACUGGUUCACUCCAGUGAGGCUGUCACAGUCCUGCGUAGGCUGAGCACAGAGCAGCCAGACAGGAUUCAUUUCAAAAGUCUUUUCCGUUCAGGCUCAGAGUCUGAAACCACGACCUGCAACAUCUGCCUGAGACCAAACAAUCAGCCGAUAUGUAACUACACCGACCUCCGUACAGGGGAACCAUGGUUCUGCUUCAAGCCAAAAAACCUGAGCUGUCAUACCAGGAUCAACCACUCUAAAGGAGGAUACAAGGAAAACCUCAGGAAAAAUGAGAAGGAGCUGUUUCAGAGUUGUGUCAACAUGAAAGUCUCCAUUCAGGCUGUAGGUUCUACCAGUAUCCUGGUGUUACCAAAAAAGGAAGGUAACAAUGAAAAAAAGGACAGUAUUGUUACACCUGGACCCUUUGGCUACUACUACCAGCAAAUGUGGCAAGCUCUAGGUGACACCCCAGUCCACCAGUUCAACAGCCCCUCUGCCAUUACUGAAUGUCUGAAAGGCAAGGUGAUCCACCUGUAUGGAGACUCCACCAUCAGGCAGUGGUUUGACCAUCUCAGGAAAGCACUACCAGAUCUGAAGGAGUUUGACUUACACAGUUCAAAGCAAUCUGGACCUUUCAUGACCUUAGACUAUCCAAACAACAUCAUGGUGACUUACCGCUGUCAUGGGCCUCCUAUUCGUUUUGGUGAUGUACCAACCAGCCAGCUGCGUUACAUCGCCAAUGAGCUAGAUGAUGUGGUUGGAGGAAGUAAUACUGUUGUAGUUAUUGGCAUCUGGUCUCACUUCAGCACUUUUCCCAUUGAUAUCUACAUCCGGCGGCUGCAGACCAUCCGCAGAGCUGUGAUUGGCCUGCUGGACAGAGCUCCAGGUACACUGGUCAUCAUCCGUACUGCAAACCUCAAACAUCUGACACUUCAUGAGACUCUGACCAACAGCGACUGGUACUCACUGCAGCGGGACAAGGUGCUCAGGGCAAUAUUCAAAGGAAUCAGUGUCCACCUGGUGGACGCCUGGGAGAUGGUCCUGGCCCACCAUCUGCCUCACAACCUCCACCCACAACCUCCUAUUAUAAAAAACAUGAUUAAUGUCGUCUUGUCCUAUAUUUGCCCUAAAUGAGGUGGUUAGAUGUGUUUCCCGUACAGGGGCGUUUAAGAUUCAAGCACAGAUGUUGAGUUUGCGUCGUGUGUCUGUGCUUCCACCAGAUGCUGCAUUCUGAUCCAGCAGUCACAAAGCAAUUAAUUUAUAUUUAUAAUAUAUUUCCAACCUCAGUUUAAUGAGCAUAGGGGUUUUGUUUGUUUUGUUUUUUUUGUAUGAAGUUGAGAGUAUUCUUAUAUCAUGCUGACUUGGGUAAAAGGUAGAACGUGUUUACUGUAGUUUACUUUAGUAUAUCUAUGAGGUUUUUCUGCAAAUAUUUCAACAUUUAUAUUAAUAUUAAUAAUAUAUGUGUACAAUUUUAAGGGUGACAAAAAUAUGCCAAAAAUGCUAGGUUGUAAUCACAGUGUUCACUACAUGUACUAGUACUGUUUCAUAUGACAAGUUAUCAAAGCUUUGUAUUUUUUUAUUUAUAAAUACCACGCUACUGCCUAUGAAAACACCUCAUGUCCACCUUAAGAAAGCCGGGCGAAUCUCUGUUUGUCCAUUCAUUCAUGUGAAUGUUGUAAGGGACCCCUAGUAACAAUGUAAUGUGUUCUUCUGAUCUACUUGCGGCACCGCAGGAACAUGUGGGUCCUGGAAUGACCUCCUGAUCCAUGAACGUUGUGUGUUGUUCUUCGGUUGUUCAUGAGGCAAACGUUAAGGCGCCCUGCGAAAGGGGGUUUCAUUCUGUGUUCGUGGAAAAUCUUGGACAAGAUCACCCACCUGGCUAUGAACUUAAAAACAGUCCACAAACACUCCAUUCUUAUAAGGCCACCUUGAGAAAGUCAUACGAAAUGGUCCAUAAAUCAUUCGCACGGUGUUCAUAGCUGUUCGUAAUGGCAUUUGUGACUGAGGUCUUAGGGACACUAGUAACAUUGUGUCACUAAAGUGACACACUAAAGUGACACAAUGUUACUGUUAGCAUCCAGUGAUGGUGCUCAUUAACAAUUCCCAUGAUUUUAUGAUAUUUGGGGAUCCAUCAGAAAGUCAACAGUAGAGUUAUGAAAUGAUUUGAUCUUAUAGCUUGAUUGAAAAAUUUUGACAAUCACAAUGUCAACCCUGGACAUAACCUUUUUGUGAAAAACCAAUAACAUGAUUUUAUAUUACAAACUACAAUUCAUAAACAAUGAUCUUGACAAACUUUUAGUUUGGAGCUUUUCCCUGACCACAUGCUUAUCAUUUCAUAGCUGUCAGUGACAGCUGCCUGAUCAGCAUUUUUUUUAUUGUGACGCUGCACAAGCGGUGUAAGGUAAGCACUGAUCACCUAUAAAGGUUGAAAAAGAUAAAACAUUAUUUUGACGUUACACAAAUUAAAUGGGAUUUACAUCUAUGUAUGUCAUGUUAUUAACUUUAAUGCACUAAUUACUACUUUGUGCACUUUACUUAAAGCUACACUGUACUGAAGCAUUCAUAUUACAUAAAUACCUCACUCUCCAGCUCUUUCUGUGGAGUAAUCUGAGCAAUGUUCCAGCAGAGCAAUUUGUACGGACCAAUUUUAGACAAAAUUAUCUGUGCAUUAGACAGUUUGCCUGACCAUGUCAAAUUCACAUCUGAAAAAAGUAGAAAUAAAAAAAUACUCCGUUGUUACAAGACAGCUACAUCAUACUUAAUCAAUGAAAUAUAGUGUGUUAACACUAAAGCGUCACUAAAUUUUCUAAGUGAAACAUGUAUGAGUCUGUACAUGGUGGCCAUGUCCCAAUACAAUAACUGAACCAUAUAAUUAUAACAUUUACAUUUGUCAGUGUCACCAUCUGAGCACGUGGUAUUUGAGCACUUGUAUGUGGUAGCUGAGGGCGGAGGUGGAGACAAGCCCACCGGGUGUGAAGCAGCAGGUGAUAUUUCUGAUUUGCUGAACAUACUUGUAAUUUUAUGGGGAACCCUUUGUGUCUCAGUCGCCAUAUGUUUGAGGUGGUCUGUGUUCAUGCUUUUUAAUGCUGCUGGGGCAGCUGUUUUGUGUGUGACAACACCAUCUUGUCAUUUUUCUGUCCGGCAUAUGUCUGAUGUAGCCUAACACAGUGGCUGUUCUGUGUGAAAUUCAAGAACUGGAAAUGGUGAUGCACAAUGUCAUGUUAAAAGGGUUUUGAUGGGGAUGUAUUCAACAGCUUGUUUACACAAUUUUGGGCUUGACUGGCCCAAUGUACACUGUGA